UGCUCAUUUUGUAGUACAUGAACGUAUGGGUGGAGACGGUAGUAGGCAGUUUUUGCACAGAGUGUCUCCGAACAGUUUCUACAGUUUGAAGAUUGUUAAGGAUGGCCGCUCAUUGUGUGUCGAAGGUCGAGCUCUCCAUCUCUUGCAAUAAUCUGCUGGAUAAAGAUGUUGGAUCCAAAUCUGAUCCACUCUGUGUUCUGCUGCAGAGUGUCGGGGAUGACAAAUGGUCAGAGGUGGAACGCACAGAGAGAGUGAAGAAUUGCCAGGACCCCGAGUUCUCAACAAAACUUCACAUUGACUACCACUUUGAGAAGGUGCAGAAACUAAAGUUUGGCAUCUAUGAUAUUGACAACAAGUCUGUUGACCUCAAGGAUGACGACUUCCUGGGAGGCUUUGAAUGCACCCUUGGCCAGAUUGUGUCAAGUAGGAAGAUUACCAGACCCCUUCAGCUCAAGGCAGCAAAACCAGCUGGGAAAGGCACAAUAACAAUCACAGCUGAUGAGGUGAAAGACAACAGGGCUGUUGUGAUGGAAGUAGAGGCCAAAAACCUGGAUAAAAAGGAUAUGUUUGGGAAGUCUGAUCCAUUCUUGGAGUUUUUCAAGCAAGAAGAAGAUGGGAAGUGGCAGCUAGUUCACAGGACUGAGGUCAUCAAGAAUAAUUUGAAUCCAUCUUGGAAAAAGUUUACUGUUUCCUUGCAUACAUUCUGUAGUGGUGACCUGAAUAAACCAAUCAAGGUUCAUUGUUUUGAUUAUGAUAGCGAUGGCUCACAUGAUCUCAUUGGUGUGUUUCAAACUAAUGUGUCAGAUCUGCAGAAAGCAGCUCCUGGCUCCCCGGUUGAGUUUGACUGCAUUCAUCCAGAGAAGCAAAAGAAGAAAAAGAGUUAUAAGAACUCUGGGGUCAUCAGAAUUAAGUAUUGCAAGCUUGAGGCACAGUAUUCAUUUCUAGAUUAUGUGAUGGGAGGUUGCCAAAUUAACUUCACGGUGGGCAUUGACUUCACUGGCUCUAAUGGAGACCCCCGCUCCCCUGACUCUCUGCACUAUCUCAGCCCUAAUGGCGUGAACCAGUAUCUGUCAGCCAUCUGGUCCGUUGGCCAGGUAGUCCAAGACUACGACACUGAUAAACUUUUCCCAGCAUUUGGAUUUGGUGCUCAAGUGCCUCCAAACUUCCAGGUAUCCCAUGAGUUCCCAUUGAACUUCAACGCCAAGAGCCCAUAUUGCCAAGGAGUGCAAGGCAUUGUGGACGCCUACCGCAUGGUUUUGCCUCAAAUUCGUCUCUAUGGACCCACUAACUUCUCCCCCAUUAUAAAUCACGUGGCCCGAAUUGCAGCCGAAGCCGCCCAGCAAACAAAUGCAGCACAAUACUGUGUGCUGUUGAUCAUCACUGAUGGAGAGAUCACUGAUCUCGACCAGACCAGACAAUCCAUCGUGAACAGCUCCAAACUGCCCAUGUCUAUCAUCAUCGUGGGUGUGGGUGAGGCAGACUUUAAGGCCAUGGAGUUUCUGGAUGGGGACAGUGGAGUUCUCAAAUCUUUGACCGGAGAACCGGUGGCCAGAGAUAUUGUGCAGUUUGUGCCCUUCAAGCAGUUUACCAGUGCUCCUAAAGAAGCGCUGGCUCAGAGUGUUCUAGCCGAGGUGCCAAAUCAGCUGGUGUCAUACUUCAAAAUGAGAAAUAUGGCUCCUGUCACCCCUCCUUCACCUGUCAAGUAGACACAGGUUUGCGCUGGAGACUGAAUUGUAGGUAUCUAACAGAAAUAGUAGUUAGUUAGAAUUAGUAUGGGUCACCACUAGAGGGAACCACAGCUCUGUUAAAGGAAGCACUGUGGUGGUGUUGAACUCUAAUGAAGACGACUUGUAUUUUCCUUUUUUAUAUAUUAUGCAAAUAAUUU